AUGAAAACCUUACUUAUACAAACAGUAGUUUCCACGUUACUUACAACUGUCCUAUCAAUUGUGCAAAAUGACUGUGUGCCAUUGGGUGGAAACUGUACGAAAACUUUGUUCAACAGAUGUUGUGGGGAUGCUGUCUGUGAUCUUCGGGAACCGUUCAAGGGUAUUUGCGUGGCAUGCUACGAACUUGAACAUGGUUGCCUGUCCAGUGACGAGUGCUGCAGUAAGCGGUGCCACUUUUUCCGAUGCAAACCAAAAGAGUAGCGAACCUCAUGGUACCAAAUGGGUAGAAAGAAAAUACAAAUUUUUGGUGCGAAAGUCACAUUUUUAUGCCAAAUUUCGUGUGUGAAUUAUCAACACAUUUGGUAAAACUUAAUCUG